AUGCCAGAGCCCACCGCAGUUGGAGAGCUAGAUCCUGCCGGGAUGCAUAAACCAGUGCCAGUAAGAAGGACUGAGCCAGCCAUUGCACCUCAGAGCCUGAGCCUCACAAAUUGUCUGACCAGGUGCGUGAGCCAGCAACAUCAUGUGCCGCCGGGAAUAUUAGUGGAGUACGAGGGAAUGGAGGAAAACUCUGCCCACAUUCCCAAUACUGAAGGUGAACUGCUGCUGACCUCUGGACAUUAUUAUGUUUUGGAAGAGGAUGUUUACAUUAAAAGGAGGGGAAAAGGUGAGACACUGGACACUGGAAAUGGACCUGAGACUAGGAUUGACCAUGGGCCAGUUCUCUGCUUUGAGUCGUUCAACAACUCAUGUGUGAGAUUUGUCUACCCGUCCGAGAUUCAGAUUUUGUUCUAUUUGUUCUUCAGUGCCAUAUCACUCACCACAGUAUGUGGAAACCUGCUGGUCAUCAUUGCCAUCAUUCAUUUCAAGCAGCUGCACACGCCAACAAACUACCUCAUCCUGUCGCUGGCCGUGGCUAACCUGCUAAUGGGAGGCUUUGUGAUGCCUCCCAGUAUGCUGCGCUCUGUUGAGACUUGCUGGUACUUGGGUGACAUGUUCUGUAAAAUACACAGCAGUGUUGAUAUUAUGUUAUGCAUCACAUCUCUCUUGCACAUAUCUUUCAUCUCUAUUGAUCGCUAUUAUGCUGUAUGUCACCCGCUUCAGUACCGGAAUAAAAUUACACCGCCCAUUUCCCUCAUUAUGAUUUCCCUAAGCUGGGGUCUGGCAGCCUUUGUUGGAUUUGCUAUGGUGUUUCUACAAUUCAACAUUUUGGGUGCAGAGGAGUUUUAUUUUGAUAAUAUAGCUUGUAAGGGAGCAUGUAUUAUCUUUCAAACCCGUGCAGCCAGCACCAUUUCCUCAAUUCUUGCUUUUGGCCUACCUUCAAUAAUUACUGUCAGCAUAUAUCUAAAAAUUCUCCUUGUUGCACAAAGACAAUCAAAAUCUAUACAGCAUUCAGCACACAUGGCCAAGAAAACCAGAAUAAACAAAACUGAGGGGAAGGCUACAAAAACCCUGGCUAUCAUCAUGGGGGUAUUUUUUGUGAGCGUCUCACCAUUUUUCUUCUGUAAUCUAAUAGAUCCGUUUCUGGAUCACAUAAUACCACCAGCCGUAUUUGAUGUUUUUUUGUGGAUUGUAUAUAUGAAUUGUCUGUGUAACCCUUUUGUGUAUGCAUUCUUUUAUAGAUGGUUUAGAAAAGCUCUAAGAAUUAUUCUUUUGGCCAAAAUAUUUAAAGUUAAUUCUUCACAACUUGACUUGAACGGAAGAUGUGAUUAAAAAUGUCUAAUUUUUGUAAAAAAUUUAUGAAUGUAAAUAAACAUAGAAAUAUUCUGGAUAUGUUUUAUGUGUCCACACUAUGUAACUAGAAUAAAUUUAAUCUCUGUACAGUAACCAUGAUGCCAAAUAACCAUAUCAUGCAUGCGUUUUUUAUAACCUGAGCAAGCCAAAUGUCUUGGAAUACUUAACAUAAAAAAAAUGUAAUGUGAGAUCAGAAUUUAGGUAUUGCAUUACUUCCACAUAAAAAAAGGGACUUUUUUUGUUGUUGUUGCU